GUGAAAUGUUUGGGGGUGAAGUGUCUUGCUAUCUUUCAGUACAUGCGGUAAUGCAUUUUUUAUGUUUUGGUUCAAAAUAUUCCUUAUAAAAACCUAAUUUAUUUUUCAUGAAAAUGAAAAAAACGUAUUUUUAUUCCAUACUGUACAGUAGAUCUUUAUAUACGUUUACGACAUCAUGCAGAUUUUACGACUUUCAAAUCUGUGUCUUGUAAUUCGUAUAGACUUUCGCCGGUGUUUUUACAAAAUAAACUUUGUAACGCAAGUGUCAUCUAAAACCCAUAUAUUGCUUUAAGAGUUCAUAAUACAACUUUUCAAUUUUCGUACAUCAUAUUAUUAUUUUAUGUUUCCUUCCGUCUGAAACAAAUCUGUGAAAAUGGAGAAAAACGAGAUUGCGCAGCAAUGCAAAUUUGUCAAGGAAGAGGACAUUUCAUGUGGGAAGUGGAUCAAAAUGUGUACAGUAACUUACACUGACCCAUGUGGAAAAGAAAGAGUUUGGGAAGCUGUUAAAAGGACAACAAAAGUAUCUGUUGAUUCACCUGAUGCUGUUGUGGCCAUACCUAUAUUAAAGAAGGUAUUACAUUUUGACUGUGUUGUGUUGAUUAAACAAUACAGACCACCUGUCAAAGCUUAUUGUAUUGAGUUUCCUGCAGGUUUAUUAGAUCCAAAUGAGGAAAUAGAAAAAUGUGCUGAGAGAGAAUUGCUAGAGGAAACUGGUUAUACAGGAAUAGUUAAACACAUUUCACCAGUGACCAGCCUUGAUGCAGGACUUGGAAACACAACUGCUAAACUUAUCACAGUAGAGAUAGAUGGAGAUCUACCUGAGAAUCAGAAUCCAAAAGCUAGACCAGAUGAUGGAGAAUUUAUAGAAGUAUUAAAUGUUCCAAUGGAUGACUUGCUCCAGAAGCUUAAUGACUAUGCAGCUACAGGUGUAGUGAUAGACUCCCGUGUUUACACAUAUGCCAUUUCUCUAGAACAGACUAAGGAAAUGAUGAGAGCGCAGUGUAAUUCCUGAUGUAUACACUAUGCUAGUCUAUUAUAAUGUAAUCAUACUCCUGAAAACAUUAUGUCUUAACCAUUCAACUGUGAACAAUGAAAGAACACACAGUGGUACAUGAAUAUUGUGAGUGUAAAGAAGAUGAAAGAAUUCCUAGAUGGAUACGAGAUAUAUCAUAUUGAUAAUUAAAGAUCCUGUAUGUUGUAAUUCAGGUUGUUGCGGCAUUUAAGUGAAAUUUUAUAUAUGUAUAUCAUUAUGCUUAUAAAACAAUUUUCAAGCAUUAAAUAAUAUGCAAAAUAUGUACUGCAAAUAUUUGUCCACAAUUUAUGUUAUCAUUAAAAUAUAUGCAUUCAUUUUUAUUGAAAAAUUUGACUAAGACUUUAUAGAAAUUUCUAAUUACCUCCCUUUAUUUACAUGAAAUGUUGAAUUCGGUAAUAACUUACAAAUAAUGCUUUUUGGAACUUAACUUAUAAAUAAUGCUUUUUGGAACUUGCAGUAUUGAUAAAUCUCAAUUUGAGCAUCAUAUUUAUGAUAUAUAACCAUAAAAAAAUGUGUUACAGGAUCUUUAAGCUGUUUAGACUUGUUAAUGAUUGAAAAGAAAAUGUGUUGACUGGUGUUGAUUGCAGUUGUAUUAGGCAUUACAAGGGAAGUAAUUUGUUCUGUUGAAUAAACAAUAAUCUUAGACAGAAAGUUCAAAUUGUACAAUUCAUGAAUACAAAAAUGUACAAGUUUAUUGAAAAAUGUUAAACUCUGAUGACUGUUUUUAGAAAAAAAAUCUGAUAUGCUCUGCUUUUAUAUUAAGACUAAUAGUUUUUGUAUGUUAUGUACAUGUAAAUAUUUAUAUAUAUCUUGUAUAUUACAAUAUCUGUUAUUAAAUCAGUAGGGGUACUAACAUAGAAUAUUCAUAGUAUCGUGAGUGUAUGUUUUUACAUUUCAUAAAGGGUUAUCAAAAACUAGAAAUUGGCAAAUUGUUAAAAUUUGAUAUUGCAGGUUACCUGGUACUAAAACCUGGAACACCAGUUAGACAUCUGUAUAUCAGUUUAUGAUUGAAUACUCUUAAAACAGUUACAAAACUGAAGCUAACGAAUAAACAAAUUUUAUUCUUUUA